UACUGCAAACCAUGUUCUUUAUUCCCAUUGAUCUUGUUCUUAAUUGACACCGGCAGACCAUAGGACAGUUUAACUGGGCCUUGUAAAUCCCUCUGUCGCUAGUGUUGGGGUUGAGCGGUCAUCUGUCGUGUUCUGGGAUCCUAACACUGAAGAACGGCGGUAGAUUGUUUGUCAUUGCCUUCACACCUUCCCCUUUUUAUGUUUCCCCUCAUAUACCACUUGGUUAUCAAGAGUUGUUUUGUCUGUCUGAAGCUUUAAUCAUAAUCGCGAAGCGCUUGGCGAGGGGAGCAAACCGAACACCUGCUUUUUUUGCAGAGUACCUUUUAUGACCUAGCUUAGGACUUCAACUUUUAUAAUCCAAGCCUCUCCACGUUCCAUAGUUUUCUUUCUUUUGAGCAAGUGUUACAUUCUGUAAGGAUUAUAAGAAAACCUCAGGCCAAGAUUCCCAUACUUGCUUAUCUGGUUUAACUGGUUAAAACAGGAGUAUUUAUUUACUCUUAUUCAGGUUCGAGUCCUGGGAUAAGCUAAACUCAAUGUAGCAUGUAGCAUGUAUAUAUUCCUUUUACUGACUUAUUCCCUUCAUAAUAAUUUAUUUUUGCGUUACUGUUUCCAUAUGUUUUCAUGUUAAAAAAAAGAAGCUUUUGUGUGUUUGCGUAAGUGGGAGAGAAAAGGGGCUGUUGGUUGUUUCAUCUUAUGGCUGCUCUUCAUGAGUUUAUUCAAAAGCGGGCUGUUACUUUCUUUCACGUUGGUAUGGUUUAUUUGUGUUGUUUAUUAGAAUAUACGCAUUUGGUGUUACUAUUAUUUUUUCUUUACUAUACGCGUAACUUAUUUAAGAGAGAUUUUCAAGUGUUAUUGUCUUUUCAUUCAAUGAAUAAUUAUGUAGAAAUAACUAUUAUUGUAGCAGUUACAUUAUGCAUUUUAUUCCCCCCCCCCACUUAAUGUUGUUGUUUAUGGUGUAAGUAAGCAAACAUUAUUAGUAUCGCCGUCUUUCUAGUUAAACCAAGAGAGUAAACGUGGUCUCUUAAUACUGUUAGAGAAGCUGCAUUCAUUAAAAGUAAUUGGAUAUGGGAAACUUCCCUUUAGCAUAAUAGUUGCUGAGUCUCAGAACUGUGCCUUUUUGUCUCAAUCCAUCAGACUAUAGCG